UCUUCGAUAAGCUGCAAGCCAGUAAGUGCCCCUCCAGUCACUAUAAAAGCAUUGAUGAUAUCUUAUUCUAUGCGAACCAUGGCCCCCGCACAUGCUAACGCCUCAACCCGCAGAGCUCGAGCUCUACCGUCUCGAGCAGCGCUACACGCGCCGUGACAAGCGCACCACCUUCAUCAGCGAUGCCACCUACGUCGACGGGGAGUACGUCUACACUGGACACCCGACGUCGCCAACCUCGAGUGUCUCGCGGCGCUGGAGCAAGAUGCCCAGCGCGGCCGUCAGGGAACUGGCCCGGUCCGGCACCGGCAGGUCAUAAGCGCCUUCCUCCUUGUAAAAAGAAACCAUGUCCGUCCCGAGGAACUGGGCGGGCAUACUCGAAGGACUUCCUUUCGAUUAAGGGGUCCUAGGAAGGAUGAGCUAAGCGAACAUGGAUUACGACUGUUUCACAGAACAGCAAGAGGCGCUGCGGAAAACAUGGGGAUGGCGCAUAUUUUUGGAGGUGACAAGCAUGUUGUUGUUUUGUCCCUUGAUCACUCAACGACAAUUGGCACCGGCUGCCUGCUCGGAGCGGUUGUGCGCAUGCAGGGCGCUCGGGCUGGGCCACACUGCAUCCACAUCAUUUUGGUCGGCCGAGAAGGACCCCGUCACGACAUGGCCCGACCACCUACAGCUUCUCAUGCGCCACGCACCUAGAGCGAGCAUUCGCCUUUGUCGGAUUGCGUUGCAUUGCAUCUACUACGAUUUUUUAAAAAAGAACGGAAGGCGUUUGGAGAAGCGUCUACCAUUUGUCAUACGGAUGGAUUUUUUUACCUUCUACACUUUCAUGUACAAUUCUCCCCAUCUGUCACUCCUUACCUCGCAUAUCUGUUUUUUAACUGCCUACAUUUUUGCUUCGCUUCAUCGCUCUCGGCGCUUUUAGAUAUCUGGCGUUUUCCCAAUUUUUGUUUCUUUGGUGGGGGUACGAAAUGCUUCGCGCACUUGCUCUUCUUUUCCCUCUUUCCCUUCACACCUCUUCGAUACCAAACCAACUAAAUCUUCCGUCCCCACCGCGAAGUGGGCUGC